AUGUUUGCACAAAGGGUACAAUUUAUCAGCAACACAACAAUGGGUUCGUUUGGAACAAAUUUAUGUUGUCCAAAUUACAAAUGUGUACUAGUAGAACUGUGAUGGAGGUAAACCUCAUCCCUAAUUUAGUCUUCAACUUGAGAUGCUGCACUGCACAUAUCUUCUUGCAGCUCUUCAUGUCUGCGGGGACGCCAGAGCCAGAGCACGGCAAGUGGGUGGGAGGGAGGUCUAGGGUUCGUCUCGCCGGCCGCCGCGCAGACAGGAUUCAUAGGAGUAGUAUUGUUCAAGAGGAGAGUGAGUUGGCGGAGGGAGGGGAUGGCGCUGCUGUGCUUCCUGCUGGACCUCCGCAACAUCCCACCGCCGCUCCUCCGCCUCCUCAACCAGUGCCUGCUCCACCUCGCCAACCUCUACGCCGCAUCCUCCUCCUCCUCCUCACCCCACCACCUCCCCGACCGUCUCGCCCUCUCCUACAUCCAACCCCCCGCCGCCGCCUCCUCCCCUCCUCAGCUCAAGGUGGUGUACAGGCCUGGAGAGAAAUUUAACCUUCGAGACUUCCACCAUGCUGUCAACAGUUUGCCUCUCGAUGCCUUUCGUCCUAACAAACAUGGAUCUCUAUAUACUACUGGAGAUGUGUCAUUAACAAAUCUUUUUAGCAACCGAGCUAUCUAUUCUUGGGCCACUGAUGACACCUCCAAGAAAGUGAUUGCUUUAUGUAUGUCUGCACAAAACACAGAAGCUCUCCGAAGAUCUCUCAUGGACGCAGCAGAACAGUGUAUUACAGUGGAGUUUGUAAUGCUCGAAACAGGGGCUAUAUUCAUAUAUGACGGUGUUUCUGAAAAUUCCAAUGGUUUCAUAGACAGGAUUUGUGAUCUUGAAAACUGUGUGGUACGAAGAUACAGUCCUGAGACUCAAGUUUUGCAUGGAUUAGUCAAGAGGUGGUUAGAAGAGCUAAAGGAUGACAAGGAGGAGAGACUGCAAGCUGAUUUUCUGUUCCGAGUUCCCAUUAUUAGCACUGUUAAUCAAAUAUCUUGCAGCAUAUAUGCAUCAGCAAAUCAGAUCAUUGAUGGUUUUCCAUCAUGUCAGAUAUGCAGGUGCCAUGGUCGUCCUAUUGACCUUGUUAACACAGAUAAGGCAAAGUGGAUGUGCCCAAUGACUAACCGACAGCUUACAGCUUCUGAUGUUACUGAUACUGCUGUGAAAAUUGGGGAACAUACAGUACUGUUUCUUCCUGACUCAGAAGGCAGUUCAAACUUGCGACGACCCUCAUCUUCCAUUUCUUUUGACGUGAUUGAGCGCACCAAUUUAGCCUCACUAAAUGAAGGACUCAUAAUGGGGACACCUCAUAUUGUAAUUCCCAGCUCAAAUGAUGUUGAAGUUACUCCUGACGAAUGCUCAGACCAGAACACCCAACUUUUCUAUGGUCUAUGUGAGACACUUUUCAAGCUUGAUCAGGGACUCGUGUGCUCAUCAGAAUGCAAUACUGAAACGAUGAAGAUAGGAUCCCUGCAGUGUUACUAUCUUCUCCAACCAUCUGAUAAGGGACCGAUGCUUCUGAGGAGGCUUGCUGGAUCUGAAGAGAUAUCGCCUCUCCCAGUUGUAAGCCAACCUUGCAACUUUACUGGUACCAAGGAAGUCAAGAAUUUCAUCGAAGCCUCACUGUCUAAGAUUGUGCUGAAGGAUUACAACCCUCUACAACAUGAAAGAGGUUUCCACUCCAGACUGAAUUGUCUGGUUAAGGAUAGCCUUAAAUUUGGAUCGAUUCCUCCUGCUUGUGGCGUGAAGGACAUUCAUCAUCUUUAUACGUUCAGUGAACCACAAGUAUCGACGUUCCGGGGUCCCGAGGAAAACAAGGUGCUGAGCCCGUGCAGGGAGGAGGCUGGAGAUCUCCAUUCGUUCAGCGAGCCACCGGCAGCGUCAUCCCGAGGACCAAAGGAGAAGGCGUCCCCCAGCAUUACCGAGGAGUGGGAGCAGCUCAUCGUCAUCGACGAUGACUUCACCAGCGUCGUCACUUCUAGGGUGGCUGCUGCUGCAAAGCCUAAGAGCUCCAAGUUGCCGUCUCCGGUGAAGCCGCUGGAUGAGAAGACCAACAGAAUUCUGGAGAGGCUGGAAGCUCCCAGGGCAAAGAAGCAGCGGGCUAGCACCAGCACCGGCAAUGGCAAUGGCAGCAGCAACAGAACUCCACCAGUGUCCAGCCUCGGAGCCGGAACACAGAUCAAGAAGCCAUUGCUACCAUUUGAACCAAGCGCAAGUCAACCUCUGAGACCCACCUUCAACAGGCUCAGGCGGAAGCCCACUGCAGCUACUUAGCUCGCUGCCAUUUCAACUCUCAAAUGUA